UUCUGUGAGUACUGUCUCGUUUAUGGACGAACCACAGGAGACGAUGAGAGGUCCCCCGGUGCGACUCGAGCCCACUUACCAACUUGCACCACCUAAGAAAUUCCCUGUUGGCCAGGUCAAAAAUAUACUUAAAGAUGUACUGGAGAGCUAUCUUGCAGAGGAACGUUAUGAACCAGAAUUAUGCCGACAAAUGACUAAAACAAUAUCAGAGGUUGUAAAAGCCAGGGUAAAAGACCUACAAGUCAAGAGAUACAAGGUGAUAGUAUUAAUACACAUAGGGCAGAUCAAAGACCAAGGACUGAAAAUGGGAAGCCGAUGUCUUUGGGAUCCAAACAACGACACAUUUUCAUCAUAUGAAUAUGCUAAUAACUCAUUAUUUGCCGUCGGUAUCGUCUAUGGGGUCUAUUAUGAAUAAGUUAUUGUCAUGUUUUGCUUCACUGCUUACUUAAUAAGGCUGUAAUGAGCACUCACUAAUUGAUGAUGUCAUACACACCAAGUGAUUAUGUCAUCAUACCACAUUGAUGUCAUCAUACCAAAUAGAUGAUGUCAUACACAUCAAGUGAUGAUGUCAUCAUAUGAAAUUGAUGUCAUACACAUCAAGUGAUGAUGUCAUCAUACCAAAUUGAUGAUGUCAUACACAUCAAGGGAUAAUGUCAUCAUAGCAAAUUUUUUUAAUGUCAUGUAUACAGACAGUGCACAACAAAUUGAAUGAAGAAUGAAUAGUUUAAUUUACAUAAUUUGUUAACACUUUAGAUAAUACUAAAUAUGCUAUAUAAUCUGCAAAAGCAAAAAUGCAGCAGACUUUAAAACUGGCUUUGCUGUGCACAUGGCGUAACUUAAAAACAUCCAUGGUGGUUUAUCCUUGAUGAGUCUUGGAAAUAUGUAACUGU